UCAGCUAGCAUACAACGGUCUUUCUAUAUAAAUACCGGUGCCUCUCACUCUUCUCCUUCACAAGCCACACCGCGACAAGAAGAUAGGGCAGGAAUUUUAGUAGAAAGAAACUUAGCAGAAAUCUGCAGCAAUGGCGACCAAGAUAUACAUCGUGUACUACUCGACCUGGGGACACGUCGCGACGCUGGCGGAGGAGAUAAAGAAGGGCGCCGACUCCGUCCCCGGCGUGGAGGCCACCAUAUGGCGGGUGCCGGAGACGCUGCCGGAGGGCGUGCUGGCGAAGAUGCACGCGGCGCCCGUGCGCCAGGACCACCCCGUCAUCACGGCGGGCCAGCUGGCCGAGGCCGACGGCGUGCUGUUCGGCACCCCGACGCGGUUCGGCAUGAUGGCGGCGCAGAUGAAGGCCUUCUUCGACUCCACCGGCGGCCUCUGGAAGGAGCAGGCCCUCGCCGGCAAGCCCGCGGGCGUCUUCUUCGCGACGGCCACCCAGGGCGGCGGCCAGGAGUCGACCGCGCUCACGGCCGUCACGCAGCUGGCGCACCACGGCAUGCUGUUCGUGCCGGUCGGGGGCACGCACGGCGCCGGCAUGCUGAUCAUGGACGAGGUCAAGGGUGGCAGUGCGUACGGGGCCGGCACCUUCGCCGGCGCCGACGGUAGCAGGGUGCCCACUGGCGCCGAGCUCGCUUUGGCGGAGCACCAGGGGAGGUACUUCGCCGGCAUCGCUAAGAAGCUCAAGUCCGUCUGAAAUCUGGUUUGCUACACCGUAAUGCAUGCUAUGCAGUGCAAAGAUGAACUCGUCAUGUAUAUGUGGAGCAGGAUUUACACAAUUCUGUUUAAUAACAAUAUAAUACUCCAAAAUUCAAAAUAAAUAAAUUCAAAAAACAAUAUAAUACUCCCUCCAAUAGUUGUUUACCUA